AUGACUAUGCAAAUCGAAUUACCAAAAUUAGAUAUCACAAAGGGUCCAAGAUUCUCUCCAGAACAGGUCACCGUGGUUUUUGUUCUCGGUGGUCCAGGUGCAGGUAAGGGUACCCAAUGUAAUAAAUUGGUUGAAGACUACAACUUUGUUCAUUUGUCUGCAGGUGAUUUGUUACGUGAGGAACAACAACGUGAGGGGUCUCAAUAUGGGGCCUUAAUUAACCAUUAUAUUACAGAAGGUUUGAUUGUACCACAAGAGAUUACUAUCACACUUUUAAAAACAAGUAUCGAAAACAACUUCGAUAAGGGCUACACCAAGUUCCUUGUAGAUGGAUUCCCAAGAAAGAUGGACCAGGCAAUUACUUUUGAACAAAUUAUUGUUCCAAGCAAAUUCGUGUUGUUUUUUGAUUGCCCAGAAGAUGUCAUGUUGAAGAGAUUGCUGGAACGUGGUAAGACCAGUGGCAGAGUUGAUGAUAACAUUGAAUCGAUUAAGAAAAGAUUUAAAACUUUUCAAGAAACUAGUAUGCCUGUUAUUAAUAUGUUUGCAGAAAAGAAUAAAGUUGUAAAGAUUAAUUGUGAUCAAUCUGUUGAGGCUGUUUAUAGAGAUGUUCAACAAGGCAUUAAAGAUAGAAUAUAA